AUGGCCAUUGACCCCCGUAUUCCGGGGGGGGAAGUGACGCUGAAUUCUGCUGGGGGCGAUAUCAGCAAUAUGAGGAUUCAAUACGCCUGCGGCUCGGCAUGUCCUGGAAGUGAUCCAUCAUCAAGUACCACCAGCACCACUACAGGUGGUGGCGGCGGGGGGGAUCCGCAUAUCCAGACUAUAAAAGGGGACUCGUACACCUUGACGAAACAAGGCAACUUCCUGGCCUUCAGCUUCAAGGGAAAAGAGGCCCUGGUGGCACCUGCGCCUUAUGGCAGUGGUAGUCCUGGUAGUCACAGCCAUGGCGAUGGCGCCUCGCGGGUCCCUGUGGAUUUCGAGCUCUUCGUGCACUACAACGACGGCCGCAAGAGCUUCACCCGAGGAUUGCUGCUGUUGGACCACCAGAACCACCAGGCCAUGGAGAUGACCUCGGAAGACUGCCGCUGGCGGGUCCGAGCAGGAGAGUCCGACUGGAAGACCUUGACGGAAUGGAGGAAGUCCGUAUCAAAGUCCGAAGUCUCGUCAGAUCUCCUGUACCAACGUGGGAACGGAGCCUAUGUCACGGGCUUGAACAUCUCAAGGGCAGAGAACACUUUCAACCUCUCAAAAAUCGAAAUGAACACGUUCAUCACAGGGGCAGAGAGGAAUUUCAGCGGGAAGACUCUCAAGAGCUAUGCAAAAGCUAUAAUUCUGAUCAACAUGAACACACCAACAGGCCUGACUGAUGUGGUGAAAUUGAAAGUGAAAUGCUACCCAGGGUACCACAUGAACUACAGGGUGGGCGUGUACAAUGGCAAGGACUUGCGAUUUGUGGGCGGUGAAGUGGGCGGAACAUCAAGCGAACCAAAGGAGACUCCGGAAUUCCUACAGGUGGGCCAGGGCACGAUCCAGAUGAGAUCGGACUCAGGUUUCCAGUACCACCAGAGUUGGGAAGAGCUUGGCGGCAGUGCGUCUGCGGCUUUGUAUCUCCAGGACCAAGAUGAUUCAGUGGCUGGAAGCUCCAAGCUCAUGACCACCCCGUGCACCAAAUCUGACCAGCAGAAGGCUAUGGAGAUUUGUCGCAACGCAGGGCUGAAGGAUCAGACUUCUCUCUCCUUCGCAGAGUGUGUUUUUGAUGUAUGUCGAGCCGGUGGAGAUGCCCUGCCCGAACUCACUGAGAUCUCCUGGCAUGAAGAUGACUGA